GUCUCAAUGCCACUGAAAAAACAUCCUUCAGUCUUAGGCGAAUCUUAUCAAAAGGCAAAAUAUCGUUUCUUAUCAUUAGAACACGCUUCAGAACGAGCAUACGGUGCUUGUUUGUAUAUUCGUUCUGUGCAUAAAUCAGGGCUAGUGACUGUGCACCUCUUGACCUCUAAGAAUAGAGUAGCGCCGAUAAAGCCAACGACAAUGCCUCGUCUUGAGCUUUGCGGAGCCUUGCUUGCUGCAAGGUUGUGCGCUAAGAUCUUGAAGCCUCCAGCUCUCAAGCCGGGGAGCAUGUUGCGGACUAACGCAACACCUCGGGCGCGGUGCGCGGCGAGGGACGGAGGGACAGCCCCACCAUCGCAUCGGAGAGAGGACAUCGGCGGCUUGACCUACGACACGUCAGCUACACUUUGAUCCGACGCCUAAGACUAUCAUUAUAUAUUGCUGCAUUCACAUUAUUGUUCCUGAAACGGCUAAUAAACCAGAUAUAUGUAUAUACAG